AUGUUCGAUCUACGCCAUGCAAGAUUUGACGGUGAAGCGCCGGACACAUAUGGUAUGAUGGUCGAGGAUAAGCGUGACUUCCUGGCUAUUAUGUAUGUCAUAUUCGCGGGGUUCAGCAUCUUGGUGUGGGACCAUAUGAUCACGUUUGGAGAUGAAGUCAAGCUCAUAUGGAGGCAGAAAAAGACGUUUAUCGUAUACAUCUUCCUGUUGAACCGCUAUAUCGUACCGCUGAGCUUUGUCGUAUGCUUUUAUGCCUAUCUCUCGCCGACGUUUACAUACACCGACCACCCGUCCAUCGUAUACCUUAAUGGGUCGAUCCUUCUGGCGUGGGUCGCCGUCACAGCCGUAGCAAUCUCUCAAGGUUAUCCGGCUCCACAUACGCCAGCAGUGCACGCAUGUACUGAGCUAGUCCGUGACAUCCUCCCGUGA